AUGGGAAACACUUCCAGCUCGCAUAAAAUAUCCGCGCAAGAUAGAGCAAUUCUCGAUCUGAAAAACCAACGAGAUAAGCUACAUCAGUACCAAAAGCGCAUCACUGUCCUAACAGACCGUGAAACGGCCAUUGCCAAAGAAUGUUUGGCUCGCGGCGAUCGAUCGCGUGCUCUCUUAGCACUACGACGCAAGAAAUAUCAAGAAUCUCUACUUUCCAAGACUGAUUCACAGCUUGACCAACUGGAAAAAUUGACAGGCAGCGUGGAAUUUGCCUUGGUCCAAAAAGAUGUCUUGUUUGGCUUAAAUCAGGGUACGAAAGUGCUACAAGCUAUCCAUAAAGAAAUGGGGGGACUCGAGGGAGUAGAGAAGAUGAUGGGUGAAACACAAGAGGCUAGAGCAUACCAGGAGGAAAUAAGCCACAUGCUCGCCGGACAGAUGUCGAAUCAAGACGAAGACGAGGUAGAAGACGAAUUGGAAGAACUCGAGCGAGAGGUUGCUGGGGGUGUGAAGCUCCCUGAUGUCCCAACGUCAGCAUUGCCGGAAGAGGAAGAACGGAAUAGAGCCACGACAGCUAGCCAGCGUGCCCGCGCAAGAGCCAGGGCACAGGCGCAGAAUGCAGUCCCCAUGGAAGCCUAAGCCUUGUAUCCCUAUAUCUGCAGUUUCUUUUCUUUAUUUCGCCAGGGUUCCCGCACAAUAUACAGUCACCGCACGGCAUGUACAUACGCGGUGUGAUGUCGGUCUGAUGAGUGUUAAUAGAAGGAGUUAAUGGUAUCGUCUGAUUUCCUACGCAUCCGGUGCGUGCACUUACUACACUUUGGACACAGGAUAUAUCAUACCCCCAGUUGUUGGUAAUCGGCACCGCUCCCUAGCUAGUAUUAAUUCAUUAUUAUCAUUUCGCUAAGGU